AUGGCAGACGAAGAACUAGAUCUCGCCAUUGUUGGGGCUGGGUGGCACGGCCUCGCGAUGGCGAAGACUUAUUCCGAAGCCUAUCCUUCAGCACGAAUUGCGCUCUUCGAUUCUGCCAAAUCGGUUGGGGGAGUCUGGGCUAAAGAACGCCUUUAUCCCGGCCUGAAGACAAAUAACAUGCUGGGUUCCUAUGAGUUCGGUGAUUUCCCCAUGUGUCCAGAUCGCUUUAAAGUGCGCCCUGGCGAGCAUAUUCCUGGCGCGGUGGUCAAUGAAUAUCUGAGACAGUUUGCAGAGGAGUAUGACUUGAUGUCGCGGCUGAGGCUGAAUACCAAGGUCGAAUCUGCGGAGGUGGUGGAGUAUGGAGAAUGGAUCUUGCUUGUAUCGAACACAGCCGACGAGCCGUCGAAGAUGAGAGGCAUCAAGGCGAAGAAGCUGGUGGUCGCUACAGGUCUCACCUCCAAGCCGUCUAUGCCGACCUUCCCAGGGCAGUCCGAAUUCCAGGGCAAGCUCUUCCAUUCCAUCCACCUGAAGGAUCGUGCGAAGGACCUCGAAUCUGCGCGAGAAGUCGUCGUUCUGGGUGCCAGUAAAUCUUCUUGGGAUACAUGCUACUCUGCUGCGAUAUCUGGCGCACACGUCAACAUGGUGAUCCGACCAGGCGGCGGAGGGCCGAGUUGGGUGUUGCCGGCGUUUUUCACGCCCUUGAAGCUGUCAAUCCAACGACUCGCUACCACACGGCUAUGUUCACUUUUCGAGCCGUGUGUCUGGGCUGCUGAGAGCAGUGGGUUCCCGUGGAUACGAUAUCUGCUCCAUCGAACGAUAGUUGGCCGGAGGCUCGUGUCUGCGCUGUGGGGAGUGCUCGACAUGAUCGUACUCCGCGCCAAUGGCUAUGAUGAUCAUCCAGAGCUGAAGAAACUCAAGCCUUGGACCGAUACCUUCUGGAUGGGCAACAAUCUAGGAAUUCACAAUUAUGAACAGAAUUGGUUCGAUCUGGUGAGGAAGGGACGGAUUAACAUCCACGUCGCUGAUGUCGCCUCCUUGUCGGGAGACGGAGUGCAUCUUUCGAGUGGUGCGGUCAUCAAUGCAGAUACGUUUGUUUGCUGCACAGGGUGGGAGACUCUGCCGUCGAUCAAAUUCUUGCCCGAAGAGGUGAUCGACGGGCUCGGCUUUCCGUCAACAUCGCUUCAGACAAGCGAGACCUUGAUGCAGGAUGCUCGAACCCGCAUCCUCAAGACCGUGCCUAGUCUUCGUCCAGGACCGAGGAAAGUACUCCCAGCUUGUGCAGCGGCUCCUAUCCGAGAACACGAGGCAAAGAACCGAGGGUCAACACGAUCAAACUACCAGCUAUAUCGAUUCAUGGUACCUCCUAGCCAGAAACUCUUCCAGCACCGCAACAUCGCCGUCAUCGGUGCCCACCUGGCCGUAAACGCAAUCACAGUGGCUCAAGCACAGGCAUUAUGGGUCACUGCGUUCUUCAACGAUAAAAUAGCCAACAUCAGCGAUUCAAAGGUCAGCUAUCGAGAGAUUGAGUACCAGACCAUCCUACACGCCGAGUAUUGCCGUCUUCGACAUCCCGCGGCCGGCGGUGGGGCUGGGCAUAGAUGUCCGGAUCUUGUCUUCGAUGGGCUAUUGUAUACGGACUUACUGUUGCGGGACUUGGGGGUCGAGGUGCGCCGGAAGAGAUCUUGGUGGCGGGAGUUGUUUUGUAGAUACCUGCCUAGCGAUUAUCAGGGGCUGGUUGAGGAGUGGGUGGCCAAGAGAAUCAAUUGA